UGACGCAUUAACGCUACGCUGCACAGAAGCGCGCCAAUGUGAUGUAAACAAGUGUGCUCGCGUGAGAUUCUACCGGAAUAGGUGAUCAUGGAGGUGACCCAUUCGCUCCGUGAGCGCACCAUCGCUGAGAACAGUCUGGUGGUCCUUCUGCAGGGUCUGCACGGCGAGGUGACCACCGUAGACCUCAGAGACGAGAGCACGGCGAGAGGACGCGUUAUUAACGUGGACGCUUUCAUGAAUAUCCGACUGGAAGAGGUUUUGUUCAGGGACAGGCGUGGACGCGUGUCGCAAAUGGACGAUCUGUUUCUUACGGGACGAAACGUGCGCUACGUCCACAUCCCAGAUCAUCUGAACAUUAUAGAGACUAUACAGGCCCAGCUCACCAAAAUACACCGCGUGCGCAACUUUGGAGCAGGUGGUGGAAGGAAAGAGUACUCGAAGAAAAAAUAGAUGUCACCUGUGACUUUUUUGUAAUGUACUUUAUUUUGUUUACGUGUAAAUUACGCGUUCUUGUAUUUAAGUGCGUAAUUUAGUUUUGACCUUUUUGGUUGAUCUAAAUUUGAAAUGAUGGGUUGGAAAGGUCUGUGCAUGCUGUUUUUGUUCCUGUGGUCUAAAAUGCAAUAAACAAAUGACCAUUUAUUUA